CUAAUUUUGAACUAAGAUGGAGCAGCAAAUUUGAAGUUCAUCGUGAGACAUAGAACAAGUGUAUCCACUCAGUAUCCAAAAGUUACAAGAUACGAAUCUGGAGAGUUCAGUUUUCGUAAAGAUCUUGACUGCUGAGUUCGAUCCAACUGGGACAUCAAAGAUAAACUCUCUCUUAAAAUCGAAGAUAUUCAAGACUGAGGGAUCCUCUUUGAGCCAUCUCAAAAGAAUUCGGAAGGGCAAAGCAGGUGUUGAAAUAAUUAUUUCAACUUAUGAUAAUAUCCAUUCAAACAUAGAUUUAUUUGACACAACAUUUGGAGAAAUUACACAGUUCAUUCUUAAUCAUGAGGGGACUAAGCUAAGAGAAGCUGAAAAUUGGGAAGAAAUACAGUCGAAAAAGCCAACAGAGGUACUUUUUGAGUAUGGAAAUAUACUCCAAGUUCCGAGAUUUAGUGUCAGUGUAAGGUCUAUUUAUGAAAAAUUGAUACAAAUUUGGCCAAUGCAGUAUAAACAAGACAAGUUUUCAGAUAUUAAUCAUUCAAAGAAGGAGAUCGCUGAUUUACAACGAAUUUGAGGUAGCAUUAUCGAGAAAUAUAAUGAACAAGAAGAAGUAGAAUCAUUAGACCCUUGCAUGAACAAUUAUGCAGCUCUAUAUGAUCCGAAGUCUGGACGAGUGAGUUGAGAAACUGGAAGAGGAGAAGAAUGGAGCCCUAUAAAUCAUUCUAUAAUGAAUUUAUUCAAAAUUAAUGGGGAAAAUAUUUUGGAGCAAAAGAAAGCACAAAAAGGUUCCACAGAAGAAGAGAUCUUGACUCAUUGUGGUGAGAAAAGGAAAAGAGAGGAAGAAGAAGAGAAAAUCCCGCACUGAAAGUCUAUCAAUGAGCACAAACUUACAUACGAUCCUGAUGCUCAAUACUUUGCUCAAAAUCUAUGGCUAAUCUGCUACAGGGAGCCUUGAAUAAUGUGUUCGAUGGCUUGAGAGCACUCUCGAAUUUCACGAGUGUACUACACAUGACCUCUCUCCAAUCCUUAUCUUCACAAAAACUCUGCCACAGGGGGGCUUGGAAGCCUUGAUUGACGACAAGAGAGUUUGGAUUAUGAAGAAGAAAACCAAAGAAUUAAUAAGGAUAAGGAAGGAGUGGAGAUCCAGCUUGUCAGAAAUUUCUUCAGUGUAUUCCAAGUAAAAUUAGAUUUGACCCAAGAGCAAUAGAGAUUUUGAAA